ACAGCGCUGUAAGCUAUCAAAGCGCUCCUUCGGAUCUCUAUCCUCCAAGUUCACCAUUUAUCCUGCCACUGGUCACUUUUUCAUUAGCACAGUGACCAGAUCCGGCCGUGGAGGACCCCCCUCGCGCUCUCCAACCGCGGUCCAUGCCCUCAUGACCCUCUAUGACAACCCCGGAUGCCUUUCGAGAUGCGGAAUACAUUGCUGACGUGUCCAGCCUGCCAUACGAGAGCAGCUCGGAUCUGACGGACUCUCAGCGCUCCGCUUCACGCAGACGGCACGAUGAGGCCACGAAGAAGGCGCAGGUCGCCGCCAAGGUCGCCUUCAUCGAUCGCUGUCUUCGGGACCUGGAUAUUCUGAUCUACUGCGAGUUGUCUGCGCUGUAUUACAUGGACUGUUCGAUCGUCCUUUUCACCAUCCGCGCCAUCGUCCAGUUGAUCUUCUUCACGCCUAAAGCGCCGCCGUUCGACCCUACGAGAAACCAACCGUAUGUCGGGGCCAUUUUUGCCAGCAACUUCUUUUGCAUGUUCUCUCAUAAUUUCUUCACCCACCCAGAAGCCGGGGAGGCAACGCGCGAAUACCUUCAUGGCGGACUGUUCAUCGAUUUCAUCGGGGAGAAAGCGCCGGUUUCUGUGCUCCGAUUAAUAUCGCUAGACAUUAUCAUAUUAUUCAUUGACUUUAUCAUGAUGGGUCUCAUCAUAGAGCGAGUUAAAACGGUGGGGUUGGCUUCCGCCACGGCGGAUGGUACAUCGGCUUCCGAUACACGAGAUACAUCUGGAAGACAGGUACAGGAUCAUGAUUCGGAGGAGAGGGGAGUUCUCCAACGCGGUUUAGGGACUGCGUUGGCAAUGUCUACGAAUCAUGAUGGUGGCGAUGUCGAUUCUAAUGGACUGGGCCCCCGUGAUAACCCUGCACGCACACGCUCCAGCAUAGACGAACGUCUGGAACGGACGGAGCUCUUGGCAGGUUCUCCCGAAGGUGGCCUUUCACAGGGCACGAGAGACAGCCAUGCUCUGGAUUCAUUUUUUUCCGGAGAGGCUGUCAUUAUGGAUAUGGGUCUAAUAAGUGCCAUUCGGGAGCAAUGGCGACAUAGCCCGGCUGCUUUGUCCAGACGAACGUCUUAUUUGCCAUCGGAUGAAACGGCCAGCUUUCUUCGAGAACGAUUUGGGCUUCAGGUUACCCCGGAUGGGCGCGUUGUGAGGAUAGAACGGUGAUUCUCGGGGGUUCCUAUUUCGCCUUCGCCAUACAUUUUUGCUUUGAUGCUGUACCAUUAGCCAUUUCAGUUCUCAUAUAUUAUUACAUCCGUAUAUACGUACAAUGGCACGUCAAGAUAUCUCAG